AUAAUCUUCUACUAUUAAUUCUAUCAAUCUACUAUUACAACAUAAAUUUUCUUGUACACAGAAAUAUAUAAUACUUUAAAAUGGCAAAAUCAUACGAGAAUGAGCACCCAAUUAAGGCAUUUGGAUGGGCAGCUAGAGACACAUCUGGUGUUCUUUCUCCUUUCAAUUUUUCAAGAAGGUUGACUGGUGAAAAAGAUGUGCAAUUUAAAGUUAUGUAUUGUGGAAUUUGUCACUCUGAUCUUCAUCAACUCAAGAAUGAAUGGGGUAACAGCAAGUAUCCCAUUGUACCUGGGCAUGAGGUUGUUGGUGUUGUAACUGAGGUUGGUAGCAAGGUGCAGAAAUUUAAGGUUGGAGACAAAGUAGGUGUUGGAUGCAUGGUAGGAUCAUGUCGCAAAUGCGAAAAUUGUGACAAUGAUCUCGAGAAUUACUGUCCUCGUCAAAUCCCUACUUAUAACGGCUAUAACACAGACGGGACCCUUACAUUCGGAGGUUACUCCGAUAUCAUGGUUUCUGAUGAGCAUUUUGUAGUUCAUUGGCCUGAGAAUUUGCCAAUGGAAACUGCUCCUCUGUUAUGUGCUGGGAUCACAACUUAUAGUCCAUUGAAAUAUUUUGGACUUGAUAAGCCUGGAAUGCACAUUGGUGUUGUUGGUCUUGGUGGUCUUGGUCAUAUGGCUGUGAAAUUCGCUAAGGCUUUUGGAACUAAGGUAACUGUGAUCAGUACAUCUGUUAGUAAGAAGCAAGAAGCAAUUGAACGUUUGGGUGCAGACGCUUUCUUGAUUAGCCGCGAUACUGAGCAGAUGCAGGCUGCAAUGAGCACAUUGGAUGGGAUAAUUGACACUGUUUCUGCAGUUCACCCUAUUCUUCCAUUGCUUAGCUUAUUGAAAUCUCAUGGUAAGCUUGUUAUGGUUGGUGCACCAGAAAAACCAGUGGAGUUGCCAGUGUUUCCUCUACUUUUGGGAAGGAAGCUAGUGGCUGGAAGUUGCAUAGGAGGGAUGAAAGAGACUCAAGAGAUGGUUGAUUUCGCGGCAAAGCAUAAUAUUACACCAGAUGUCGAAGUUGUGCCCAUGGAGUAUGUGAAUACAGCUUUGGAUCGUCUUCUGAAAUCGGAUGUGAAGUAUCGUUUUGUGCUUGACAUUGGAAACACAUUGAAAGCAGCUAACUGAGAGUUGAGUCACAAAAAGUUGAUCCUGAAAAAGUGAUGUCUGUUAUUAGGACUCUUUAAAUUUCAGUCGAUUGCCAGUUCUCUGCUAGUUUUGCGACUGAAACGUAGUUAUUGUUGUACUGUCCAUUUUGUACUAUUGCUUUGAGAAAAAGAGUAGUAGCCUUGUUUUUUGUAUGGAGAAAAAAAAAAUGUCUUGUUCUAUAUUCUAAUGAUACAGAUUUUCUAUUAGCUAUA